UAUCAGGGUUCUUACAGACAUUGUAUCUUUCCCAAAAAUGUAGCAUUGUGCAUUGAUAUUCAAAUUAUGUUAUUAUGAAAAAAUGUUUAACCGAUAAAAUGUGUUCAGUGCUCUUUGACCAGAAAGUCUGAAAUCAAUAUGCUAUUGCUGGGUUUUAAAUACAAACCAGAUUGAAAAAAUAUAUAUAACUCAAUCCAAUGCUUUAAAGUCAAUGAUGAGGUGUGCCAUUAGUGCACACUUAGGGAGGUAAAGCAGAGUUUCUUAAACUGUGGGUCGGGACCCAAAGUGGGCCCUGGGCAUGUGAGAGGUAGGUCACGAGUUAAUACAUUUAUAAUCACAUACAGUUGAAGUCGGAAGUUUACAUACACUUAGGUUGAAGUCAUUACAACUCGUCUUUUCAACCACUACAAAUUUCUUGUUAAUUAACAAACUAUAGUUUUGGCAAGUCGGUUAGGACAUCUACAUCUAACAUCUAGUUUGUGCAUGACACAAGUAUUUUUUCCAAAUAUUGUUUACAGACAUUAUUUCACUUAUAAUUCACUGUAUCACAAUUCUAGUGGGUCAGAAAUUUACAUACACUAAGUUGACUGUGUUUUUAAACAGCUUGGAAAAUUCUAGAAAAUUAUGUCAUGGCUUUAGAACAUACUGAUAGGCUAAUGGACAUCAUUUGAGUCAAUUGGAGGUGUAACAGUGGAUGUAUUUCAAGGCCUACCUUCAAACUCAGUGCCUCUUUUGCUUGACAUCAUGGGAAAAUCAAAAGAAAUCAGCCAAGACUUCAGAAAAUAAAUUGUAGACCUCCAAUAGUCUGGCUCCAGAAAAUCACAUUGUAUGAUUUUUAAGUAAUUCAUUUGCAUGACAUAAGUAUUUGAUCACCUACCAACCAGUAAGAAUUCCGGCUCUCACAAACCUGUUAGUUUUUCUUUAAGAAGCCCUCCAGUUCUUAACUCAUUACCUGUAUUAACUGCACCUGUUUGAACGUGUUACCUGUAUAAAAGACACCUAAUCAUACACUCAAUCAAACAGACUACAACCUCUCCACAAUGGCCAAGAGCAGACAUCUGUGUAAGGACAUCAGGGAUACAAUUGUAGACCUGCACAAGGCUGGGAUGGGCCACAGGACAAUAGGCAAGCAGCUUGGUGAGAAGGCAACUGUUGGCGCAAUUAUUAGAAAAUGGAAGAAGUUCAAGAUGACGGUCUGGGGCUCCAUGAUCUCACCUCGUGGGGCAUCAAUGAUCAUGAGGAAGGUGAGGAAUCAGCCCAGAACUACACGGCAGGACCUGGUCAAUGACCUGAAGAGAGCUGGGACCACAGUCUCAAAAAGAACCAUUAGUAACACACUACACCGCCAUGGAUUAAAAUCCUGCAGCGCACGCAAGGUUCCCCUGCUCAAGCCAGCACAUGUCCAGUCCCGUCUGAAGUUUGCCAAUGAACAUCUGGAAUCCAGGGGAGGAAUGGGAGAAGGUCAUGUGGUCUGAUGAGACAAAAAUAGAGCUUUUUGGUCUAAACUCCACUCGCCGUGUUUGGAGGAAGAAGGAUGAGUACAACCCCAAGAACACCAUCCCAACCGUGAAGCAUGGAGGUGGAAACAUCAUUCUUUGGGAUGCUUUUCUGCAAAGGGGACAGGACGACUGCACUGUAUUGAGGGGAGGAUGGAUGGGGCCAUGUAUCGCGAGAUCUUGGCCAACAACCUCCUUCCCUCAGUAAGAGCAUUGAAGAUGGUGUUCCAGCAUGACAACGACCCCGAAACACACAGCCAGGGCAACUAAGGAGUGGCUCCGUAAGAAGCAUCUCAAGGUCUUGAAGUGGCCAAGCCAGUGUCCAGACCUGAACCCAAUAGAAAAUCUUUGGAGGGGGCUGAAAGUCCGUAUUGCCCAGCGACAGCCCCGAAACCUGCAGGAUCUGGAGAAGGUCUGUAUGGAGGAGUGGGCCAAAAUCCCUGCUGCAGUGUGUGCAAACCUGGUCAAGAACUACAGGAAACGUAUGAUCUCUGUAAUUGCAAACAAAGGUUUCUGUACCAAAUAUUAAGUUCUGCUUUUCUGAUGUAUCAAAUACUUAUGUCAUGCAAUAAAUGCAAAUUAAUUACUUAAAUCAUACGAUGUGAUUUUCUGGAUUUUUGUUUUAGAUUCCGUCUCUCACAGUUGAAGUGUACCUAUGAUAAAAAUUACAGACCUCUACAUGCUUUGUAAGUAGGAAAACCUGCAAAAUUGUCAGGGUAUCAAAUACUUGUUCUCCCCACUGUACCAGUUCCAAUUCUGUCUCCUUGUGACUAAAAAGUGGUGUGCUUUCAAUUCAUUUUCAGAACCAUGAGGAUCCUCUUCAGAGUCCAGAGUCGCAGUAGAUGGUCCCUUGUCAUUGGCACUGCGUUGAUGAUUGGCGUCCUCAGACUAUUGCACGUGAACCACACAGAUGGGCCCCGGAACACUUCUCCCUCUGACAAACCACCACAGUCACAGUCCGCUGUGGAUGUCUUCAAGUGCUCCCGGAAUGACACCGUGAACAACAUUUCAUCCUCUAUUCCACCUACCCACCGCAACUUCCUCGUGUACAAACACUGCAGGACAUUCUCCCGCCUGCUGUCUCCGACACCUUGUCAGAAUGACCUCUUUCUCCUGCUGGCCGUUAAGUCCACAGCCAUCCAGGUUGAUCGCAGGUCUGCACUUCGGAACACAUGGGGGAAGAAGGGAUAUGUUCAGGGUAAGAAGGUGAAACUAUUGUUCCUAGUAGGUAAAUCUUCAGACACAAUACAGGGUUACCCGCUGCAGCAGGUACUGGAGUGGGAGAGCAGACAGUUUGGGGAUAUCCUGCAGUGGGAUUUUGACGACAGUUUUUUCAACCUGACCCUAAAGGAGAUCCACUUCCUCAAAUGGUUCCGCCUGGAGUGCCGCUGGGCACACUAUGUGUUCAAAGGGGACGAUGAUGUUUUUGUUCACACCAGCAAUCUGGUGGAAUAUGUUAAGGACAACAAGCCCUCCGAGCAACUGUAUGCUGGGAACAUCAUGUCUGGCUAUCCAGUCCGGGACAAACAAAGUAAAUAUUUCAUACCAGUGGAGAUGUACCCCAACAAGCCAUAUCCUCUAUACGCUGGGGGUGGGGGCUACCUGAUGUCAAAUCAGACUGUGCUGAGUCUGGAAGUGGCAGCGUCCAGCAUUGACCUGUUCCCCAUUGAUGAUGUCUUUGUGGGCUUGUGCCUACAGAAGAUGAACAUCACGCUGACGCACCACUCUGGCUUCAAGACCUUUGGACUCAAACAGGGGGUGACACACUUCAACCCCUGCAUUUACAGGGAGCUCAUGGUGGUGCACAAACUGAAUCCCACGGAGAUGUGGACAAUGUGGUCUCUACAGCAGGACCCAAAGCUGCAAUGCUUUAGAUCAAGGAUGUGAGACAUCUGGCAUUGUGUGUGUAUAUCAUGCUGUGCUUAUCUGUCUCGCUACCUUAAAUUGAGAAUUCCUUUCAUAGAUAAAUUAUCCUUAUGAAUGGUCUAAAAUAGCAUACUUUCCUUUACCCAAACUAAUAUUUGAAUGUAUUCUGACAUUUGGCUUCCCUUAUCCUGUAUGUUCAGAUCAGCACAGACAGUGUAAGAUCCAUUUAAGAAUACUGCGAUGCAUCUAGUGCCAUUUGACACUUCCGUUGAGGACGUUUGUAGAAUGUUUCUAGGAUUCUAUAAGGUUGGAAAAGAGAGAUAUUGAUGGGAAACUUUUAAAAACAGGUAGAGUGGGUUACAGAGGUAUUGUUGGGAAACAUUAAUCAGGACUGAACUCGGGAACUUGACUUCUCUCGGCGUAUGUGACAUCGAUAUUAAUCAGAAACCUUUUUUUCAGUACCAAAAUUGACUAAAAAGUGCAAGUAGAUUAAUUUUGGCCGUAAAGUCAGUAUCUUCCUAAAUAGAGGCAUAAGGCUAUGUAAUAGAAUAAGUGGUAUAUCAAUACGUCUUUUGAUAGCUUCCAAAAUAUUUUUUUUGAAUGGUGGAGGAGUGCCAAGAUCAGAGUAUAUGAGCGAGUUGAGUGGAAGGAACAAAAAUGAAUAAUUUAGGCUAUUUUAUUAGCCUUUUAUUUCAAGGCUAUAGUCUACAAAUAAAUAAAUGAUGAAGCAUUUGCAAGUCCAACACUCUAGACUGGCAGGAACAUUAAGCGCCCAGCAUUUUAAACAACAUUUUGUUGUAUUACAUCAUUUGAGUCUAUAAAUUGCGCAUAUAGGCUGUGACUUACUUAUAAUGAAAUACAAAUGAAAUGAAAAAUUCCUUAUUAAAUGCCUUUGAAUUCACUUUCGAAAACACACGUUUGGCCAGAGUCCGUGGCUUCAGCCUCAUGAGAUGGUACCUAGAGAGCAGGCCAGCAGUGGAGUAUACCCUCUAUCUAUGCACUUGUAGAGCCACUGGGGAUGCUGAACACACUUUGGGCAUAGCCACGGGACAUAGGGGCGCUGAGGGUACUGCAGCGCCCUCUGAAAAAACAAAUACAGGAGUGGUAAAGGCACAGUGCACUACUUUGUGAAACA